AUGGAUAUAGUUAACAGAUGGGGUUGGAUUAGGGUUUCACUCAGGUCUGACACGUAUAGGUCCGUAAAAAGGCAUGCCCGCAAUUGUGGACCUGGCCAUCUUUGGAGAUUUCAAUCGACAAUCGAUAGGAUAGAGAGGAGAGGGGAGAUCGAGGCAUCUGGUCGCAAGUAUUGCUCUCGUUCUUUAUUAGGCACUAGCUUGAAUGUUGAAUCGGCCGAAUACUCUUAUGACGAGCCUGUGAAAUUUGGGCCCCAAAAUGUUGGGGGCCUUGUUCUAAAUCUCAGAUGUAACGGGUCAAAGGAUGGGUCUAUUUCUAACCCGUUAUAUGAGCCGAUUAAUACCAGGACGACCACCCAUUUUGCGGUUAGGAAAACAUGGAAUCACGACGAUCGUGAAUCUUCUCUUUCUUCAUUGUUUUUCUCCGGCCAACAAGACUCGCCCACAAACGUCACCCAACUGGUUUUUGGUAUCUCGGGUUCCGUCAAAGCAUGGCGUGACCGCCGGUCGUAUUUCAAAGAGUGGUGGCGGCCAAAUGUCACACGUGGAUACAUUUUUUUCGAUAAAGAACCAACCCCAGAUCUUCUGCCAUGGCCGUCGGAGGAGCUACCUCCUUAUCGGGUGUCGGAAAACACCACCGGAUUCGAGGUUUACUCGAGGCAUGUGAAGCCAUUUGUGAUCAGGAUCGUAAGAACGAUUCUGGAGACGUUUAGGGAAGGAGAUAAGGGAGUUAGAUGGUAUGUUAUGGGAGAUGAUGAUACCAUUUUUUUCUUGGAUAAUUUGGUGGAGCUUUUGGGGAGGUAUGAUCAUACAAAAUAUUUCUACAUUGGUGGCAUUUCUGAGUGUGUGAAGUCCAAUUUCGAUUUCUCGUUCGAGAUGGCGUUUGGCGGUGCCGGGUUCGCGUUGAGCUACCCGCUGGCGGAGGCGUUGGUUGCAAAUCUUGAUCAGUGUAUCGGUAUAUACCCAUUUUAUCAUGUUAGCGAUCAGAUUUUGAGUGCUUGCAUUGCUGAUCUUGGUGUUCCUCUUACUCCUGAAAAGGGUUUUCAUCAGAUUGAUCUCGUGCACGACAUAUCGGGGUUUCUAUCGGCUCAUCUGCAAGCACCAUUGAUCUCCCUCCACCACCUCGACAUCGCCCUUCCCAUUUUCCCCACCAUGAACCGCCACGAGUCCGUAACACAUCUCAUGAACGCUGCUAAACUCGAUCAAUCUCGCCUCCUCCAACAAACCGUUUGCUACCACACAGAAAAUAACUGGGCGUUUUCAAUCGCUUGGGGCUACUCGGCUUAUAUUUACGAACAAUGCAUCCCUCGUAGCAUCCUCAGGAGACCUCUUGAAACAUUUACUCCAUGGAGCUUGAAACGACAACCGCCAGAUUACAUGUUCAACACACGAUUAAUGUCCAACCAUCCGUGCGAAACUCCACACGUUUUCUUCUUUCGUUCUAUAACAAGAAACAAUAACAAUGAAAUCGUGAUGACCUACACUCGUUCCAAACACCGUCGAUUGCCCCCGUGUUCUUCAAAUCAUUCCGCGGAUCAUAUUUCGAAGAUCCGAGUUUACACUCCAGCAACAAAAUUGAACUUCGCCGAAAAUAGAGGGGAAUGUUGUGAUGUGUUGAAGUUUGAUGGGAAUGUCACAGCAGAAGUCAAGAUAAGGGGUUGCACCAAGACUGAGAUUGUAGCUAGUUAG